GCGGGUAGUUAUGGUAAGAAGUUGCAGUUUUUCUACGAAACUGGUAAAAACAACGUAGACUAUCGUAGCGACCAGUAUUGAUCGGUGUUGGGGCGAGUGAAGAAGCAUGUUCGUGAUUGUCUUCAGCGGAGACUUGUGAACCUGUAAGCGAUCGGUUUCUGUGUCUAAUUUUUGAAAGGUAGUUCGGGAAGAGCGCACGUAUCCUUCAGAGUGUGAUUUGGGGUCCUCCUAGGGUUUCGCGCACACUUAUCUCGGCUCUCUACCGAUCGAUCGUGUUCUUUUCAUCUCGCUGCGGGUUCUAGCUGGGAGAGCGAUCGCGAAUUCUCGUCUCGGAUAUGGUGAAUGCUCUCCGUUGUUGGCUGCGCGCGGUAUUGUUCCUGUGAAUGUGUCACCUAUUUCUUUAUUCUCGCGAUCGGAUGCUGCGCUGUGUGAUGGGAGAAAAUCUCAGCGGACGAGAUUUGCUCUCCUGAAGCUGUGCGGGCGCGAUCGAUGAUCGUAUACGUAUUCCUGGCUCCUAGACUUUAUAUAUUGAUGUGAUCGGCGACAGAGGACUUCAAUCUAGUGCGAUCAGUAGUUUAGGACCGUUGAGUUCUUUUUUGAGAAGAACAGGGCAACUGGCGCUUGCGUCCUCCUGGUGAGUGGAACGAAAAGUAGCCAUCGGUGUUUUACUUGCAAAAAAGUUUCAAACGGUGCAAAUUGUUUAGUUAGGGAACAUGUGCUCAAGCCAGGAAUUAUAACCAAUCAUCGAUAAAUCCCGGGUGAUCUGUGUGUCGUGUGUUAAAAAAUAAGUGUCAGUGAACCACAAGUGAUUUUAACAAUUGAAGGCUGCAAACUAUCGUUGAAACAAUCGACAAAUAAUUAAAAGAAGAAGAACAUAAUAAAAUACGCCAUGACACCGAAGCCCCAGGAGAAUAUCCCAGCAGUGCACGCUGGAGAAGAUCACGACAUGCCGGGGUCGUUGAACAACGUCAAUAGUAGCUUGGGCAACCUGAACCACAACCUGAAGCUGAACGGGUUCAUCAACAAUGGUUUCGUGUCGGACUGUCCGGCCCAGUCCGACAGCAAAUCCGACCAUCAAACAAAGGAACUGGAGCUGAAGGAGAAGAAUAAUGCCAAGAACACCAGCUUAAACUCUAGCAGCGGUGCGUCCACGGGCGUCCAGGAAAAGCCGAUCGUUGACUUUGACGAUCUCCUGCCGCACGUAGGCGAGUUCGGACGGUACCAGAAGAUCCUCUUUCUGCUCAUGAUCCCGUUCGCGUUCUUUGUGGCGUUCGUGUACUUUUCGCAGAUCUUCAUCACGAUCGUGCCCGAAGAGCACUGGUGUUGGGUUCCCGAGCUAGAACAUUUGUCCGUAGAAGAAAGACGCGCCCUAGCAAUUCCCAUUCAGUACGAACAUGGAACUGAGUUUGACGACGGAAUAGCUUCGUACAGCAAGUGCUCCAUGUAUGCCGUAAACUACACCGAAGUACUAGCCAACAACAUCCGCAAGGCUGAUCCAACCUGGCCGAUUCAGUCCUGCAAAAAUGGUUGGGAGUACAACUUUACUGAUGUGCCAUACCGGACAGCAGCCACCGAUUUCGAGUGGGUCUGUGAGAACGCGUACCUCUCGACCCUGUCGCAGUCCAUCUUCUUCGUCGGUGCCAUUGUCGGGGGGCUGCUGUUCGGUUGGAUCGCCGAUCGGUACGGCCGUAUCCCAGCCCUGGCCGGCUGCAACGUGAUCGGAUUCGUCGCCGGUGUGGUCACCGCUUUCGUCGGCAACUUUUGGCAGUUCGCUCUUUGCCGGUUUCUGGUGGGGUUCGCCUUCGACAACUGCUUCACUAUGAUGUACAUUCUGGUUCUGGAGUACGUUGGUCCCAAAUGGCGAACCUUCGUAGCGAACAUGUCGAUCGCCCUGUUCUUCACCGCCGCCUCAUGUGCUCUCCCAUGGAUUGCGUACUAUCUCGCCAACUGGCAACUCUUUGCCAUCGUUACCUCCGCUCCACUGGCCUUGGCCAUCCUCACCCCGUGGCUGGUUCCAGAAUCCGCAAGAUGGCUCGUCUCCCAGGGCAAAGUGGACAAAGCUAUCAACAUCCUGAAGAAGUUCGAGAAGAUCAACAAGAAGAACGUUGACGCCAAGGUGUAUCAGGAUUUCACCGAAAGCUGCGUCCGCCUGCAGGAAGAAGAAGCCGCCAACAGUAGCUACUCCGUGUUGGAUCUGUUCAAGACCCCACGCCUUCGCAACAUCACCAUUCUGCUGAUUGUCAUCUGGAUGGCCAUCUCGCUGGUAUUCGACGGCCACGUGCGUAACGUCGGAUCGCUUGGAUUGGAUCUGUUCUUCACGUUCACCGUUGCUGCGGCCACCGAACUGCCGGCCGAUACCUUCCUCACUCUAACUCUGGAUCGCUGGGGUCGCCGUUGGUUGGCCUGCGGAACGAUGGUUGCCAGUGGUGUGUUCAGCCUGCUCGCCACGACAGUGCCAGUUGGUGCCUACUCCGCAACGUUGGCCAUUCUGGGUCGGUUCAGUGUCAACAUCUCCUACAACAUUGGUCUGCAGUAUGCUGCCGAGCUGCUACCCACCGUGGUCCGAGCCCAAGGGGUGGCUUUCAUUCACAUCAUGGGCUACGUGGCCAGCAUCGUCGCUCCGUUCGUCGUCUAUCUGACGCACAUUUCGCCCGCGUUGCCACUGAUUGUGCUGGGAAUCUUGGGAAUCUUUGGAGGACUGCUGUCCUUGAUGCUGCCCGAAACGCUGGGACACGAUCUGCCACAAACGCUGGCAGAUGGAGAAGAAUUCGGACGUGGGCAGAAGAUCUGGGAUUUCCCGUGCUUGACCAAGAAAAUCAACGACGACGAAGACGACGAUCGGGUGGAUGACCUUCCGGUCGAGCGCUUCACCCGGGCCACCUCGAAGACCUCCGUCGGCGCUUCGCUACGUGCAUCGACGCAAGGCGAGCUGCGCUCCAGCAUGCUGAACCGUUCGAUUCGAUCCCGCGUCUCGGUGCGUUCGCUCCAGCAACGUUCGUCUGAUCAGGUGUCCGCCGGCGUGUAGUUAACCGACUGUGUCUAACUGAUGACGCCACGCUACCUGGAAUCAGACCCCCGAAGCAACGCCUACUAUGCCGAGAACACUAGGAGAUAGAAUUAAUAGACUUUUGUUUCUGGAGCGGCCGCCCGGGAACAGAAUUUGCCCAACCUAUAGUCAACCGUAUCGGAUGAUGUAUUAGUUUAGGUACUCGUAUGUUAUUCAAACCCCCCAAUUUGGAGCACCCAUCCCUGAGAGACGAACUUUAUAGUUCGAGGGUGAUAGCACGUAAAGAGUGAACGGUUAGUUGAAAGAAAGACCCUAAGGAGAGAAAAAGACGCCAAACCAAAAAAAGAGCAUUGAUAAACUACUGUGAGGAUACAAAGAGCCAGUUUCCAAAAA